AUGCCAUCAACAGUGAUCCGUCUCGCAGCUUACGCCGUCCUGGUGCUUGCCGUGUUUGCGAUCCUGUGGUGCCAGCUGAUGGGCACGUACCCGAAAACCUUAGACGACUUUGCGGUUCCCUUGUUCUCCAGGGCAUCGCGGAACUGCUCCCGGGAUUACUCUGGUCUGUCGACUCGCGUCGACAUUGUAUUCGUUGCCAAGUGGGCUUACCGGAACAUGAAGGUCACUCGGUUGAUGACCCGGUGCCUCAAGAGUAUCCUCGCCUACUCCGAUCGCUCGCUGCACUUCCACGUUCUCGCGGACCCGCAAAGCUACAUGAGGCUCCGCCGAACUCUCUACAACGUACAGAAAGAAGCUGGCAAAAUAUUUCAGUUUUCUUUGUACAACAUCACCUCAGUACAAGUACAUCAGCGAGAAGUCAUCAAAGUGAUGCGGACACUGUUCUUUACCAAAGACGUAGGCCGGUACAACGAUGACAUGUUCUUCGUGACGGAGGUCUUCCAUCGCGUCUUCCCACUUCAACGCAUCAUCUUCAUCGACCUUGACCUACGAUUCGAAGAAGACAUCGGCAAACUACACGACUUCUUCCACUGCUUCGACGCUCAGAACCUAAUUGGAAUCGGCUUUGACCUGCAACCCCAGUAUCGCCUCGACUUCGCCAAAUACAGAGAGAAGCAUCCUGACAGUGAUGUCGGAAUCGCACGACCAGGCAAGCAGGGCUUCAACACCGGAGUGAUGCUGAUGGACUUGGACGCGAUGCGGCACUCCAAACUUUACAACUCGUUGCUGACCUACAAAGACCUCAAGCCUCUGUGCGACAAGUACUAUUUCAAGGGUUCCUUGGGGCACCAGGACUUUUUCACUAUAGUCGGGAUGGAACACCCUGAAUUGUUCCUUGUCCUGGACUGCGUGUGGAAUAGGCAGUUGGAUACGGGCUGGUCCCAUUCUGUGAAGAAGACUGUCUUUGAUGAGUACCACAAAUGUCCCGGAAAGGUCCGUAUCUAUCACGCGAACGGUGGUGCUCGUAUGCCUGACGACAGGAGGUUCGCCAGUUUUUCAGGCUUUGGACGCAGCCAGAACUGGACUGUGGUCACUGGUGUGUAA